ACUGCAUAUCCAAGAUGUUUAGCCAGCACAACGGUGCAGCAGUACAUGGCCUUCGGCUCCAGUCGCUGCUCAUCGCAGCCAUGCUCACCGCUGCAAUGGCAAUGGUCACGCCGACUGGCAGUGGUCACCAGUUGCUGCCCCCCGGAAACCACAAACUCUGCGGCCCCGCACUGUCCGAUGCCAUGGAUGUGGUGUGUCCCCAUGGCUUUAAUACGCUGCCAAGGAAACGUGAAAGCUUGCUGGGCAACAGCGACGACGACGAGGACACGGAGCAGGAGGUGCAGGAUGAUAGCAGCAUGUGGCAGACACUGGACGGGGCAGGAUACUCUUUUAGUCCACUGCUAACCAAUCUGUACGGAUCCGAGGUCCUGAUCAAGAUGCGUCGCCACAGGAGACACCUGACCGGUGGCGUCUACGACGAGUGCUGCGUCAAGACCUGCAGCUACUUGGAGUUAGCCAUCUACUGUCUACCGAAAUAGGACACUUGGCCAACACACACACAUUCAUUACCCAGCAUGCAUACACAUACAUACAUACAUACGAACACUUGAACAUGGCAUUCCCACAUACAUACUAUAUGUACACCCGUUCUCCUAACAGCAUUCGUAAUCCAAUUCGUAAUCACUUAUUU